GCAAAAACACAGAGGAAACAACAAAUCCGAAACUUCAAAUUUCACAGGAACGCCAUCACUGCCACCGGGCUUCAACACAGCUGAAAAUCAACCAGACGCCAGCCCAGCGGUCCGCGUCUUCCUUCUUCCUCGUCUCGCCGCUUCUCAUCUCCUUCGUCGGGAUCGUCUUCACCCCCAUCUGCAACGUGAAAACCACCCCGGAACUCCAUCGAAAGCUCCAGAGCUACCACCCCUCUUCCGGUUCUGGGUCUUCGGGUUCCUCCGAGAGAAGCGAGUUCCCAUCUCUCUUUGCCAAACUUCGGGCGUGCAGAGGCGGCCCCCUGCGACGUCGGAUCGAACACGAAGCUCGGGUGGGAAAAAUGAAGGGCCGCGAGGCUAAGGCAGCUAGAAUGGAGGAUAUUCUUAAUCUUCCGGUUCAAGAUCCUCCUCGUGCGGAGUUUUCUGCCUCUCAGUUGAAGUGGGUGAAAAUAGUGGGUGGUCGCCAAGGUGGUGAUGAUGUUGCUCUUAUACCGUUUGCCAGGGUUGAAGACUUUGUCAAAGGAGAAUCCAGUAAUGCGGACUGCCCUGCUAGUUUUCGUGUUGAGUCAAGAAGGAGAAGACGAGAGGGGAGCACCAGUAAACCAAGGGUAGAUGGCUAUAUUGAAUACACCCUAUACUGGUGUUCCUAUGGUCCUGAAGACUACAGAGACAAUGAGUCUGUUGUUGGUGACAGUUUGGGCAUGAAGCCUCUUUCAGGAAAGGGGAGCAGGCCUGGAAGACAUCACAUGAUGAGGGGCUGUCUUUGCCACUUCACAGUAAAGCGUCUAUACAUCCGACCCUCGAUUGCUCUGAUUAUUUAUAAUCAGCAAAAGCAUGUCGAUAAAACCGGUGCACCAUGUCAUGGGUUACUUGAUCGCCAUGCUGUUGGCACAAGAGCUAUGUAUGCUCCCCGAAUUUCAGAAGAGCUACGCCAGAAAGUGAUGUCUAUGCUUUACGCUGCAAUACCUAUAGAUGAUAUAAUGCAGCACCACAUGGAGCUGGUGCAGAGGCAUGGUGGGCCUCUCAACCGUGAUGAUUUUCUUAGUAGGAAUGAUGUUCGUAACAUGGAAAGGCUUGUUCACAAUUCUUCACAUGAGUUGAAUGAAAAUGAUGAAUGCAGUGUAAAGAUAUGGGUGCGACGUCAUCAGAAGUAUGUCUUCUUCUAUCAAGAACGCACUGAUACAGAACCUUUUAUAAUGGGUAUACAGACAAAGUGGCAGCUUGAACAGAUGCUGCAUUAUGGGCAGAAUGGCUCCAUUGCUAUGCAUUCAUCCUUUGGCAGGAACAAGCUGAAGUAUCCCUUAUGCACCUUACUUGCUUUCAACACCUCCCAUAGUGCCAUUCCAGUUGCCUGGAUCAUUUCCUCCUCCCUCAUCUGUCAAGGUAUUCAUAAAUGGAUUGGUCCUCUAGCAGAAAGGAUCUACACAAAGGAUCCUACAUGGCAAUUGAGUUCCUUUCUAGUGGAUGAUUGUUCCUUCAAGGUCUCUCUUAUAAGAGAGGCAUUUCGAUGCCGAGUACUAUUAUGCCUCUGGCAUGUUCGUCGUGCUUGGAUAAGAAAUCUUAUAAAGCGAAGCUGCCACUCUGGUGUACAAAGAGAGAUGUUUAGGCUCUUAGGCUCCAUCUUGUACUGCACGAGAUCAAAUGCAGUUGAAGAGUUCAUGCAAGUAUUUGUUGACCAAUGUGCCUUUUAUGGAGUAUUUCAGAGAGCAGUGGUUACCCCGUAUAGAUGCUUUGAUUAAUGGUAUGAAGUCUUUGCCAACAGCUGGUCCUGAACCCCAGGCUGCAAUUGAGUCUUACCACCUGAGAUCAAAGUUUAAGCUCUUAGACAUUCAAUAUUGCAAUUUAUGGCUAAGAGUCGACUGGUUGAUCCACAUGUUGGCAACUGAAUAUCACUCUUCAUUCUGGUUGGAUCAGUAUUCUUUAGGGACUGGGUGUUUUGAGAAUGUUAGGGACCCGAGUUUCACAAGUAAUGCUUGGCAUCGGGCCCUUAACAUUCUGGAUGUCAACGUGAUAUUGGAGGAGCAAAAUCUCCUGUUAGCAAAAGUUCUCUCUGAAGACAGAAAUUCAGUGUACACAGUGUGGAAUCCAGGUUCAGAGUUCUCCCUAUGCGACUGCGCCUGGUCAAAGUGCGGAAAUCUAUGUGAACAUGUCAUCAAGGUGGCAUUCUUGUGCAGAACUCGUCAGGUUGCAGGAACAUCAUUAGGAUCCCAAGGUUAUAGGCAGGCUAUGCUUUCUCUACUGCAGAAACCCCCCGGUGAUCCUAUUGUCCUUGAUCAUGCCAAUUUACGUGCAACCCAGUUGCAUGAGGAUGUUAACAGCUUGGAAGAGUUGUCUAAUAGUGGACUGCUGCAACGUCUUCCUGCUGAAGCGGCUGAAGCGGACUCACAGAUGGCUGACUAUAUUCGGCUUUUUCCACCUCCUUAACUUUGGAAUCGUGGAAUAUCAGAUGUGCUAAUCAAAGCAUUUUUAUUCAGAUGGCAAGGCCUAUAUUCUGCCGUCUAGCUGACUCGCGAGAGAUACCAUGGCGUAAGCAUGGGAGAGCUUUAUGGCAUUAUCAUUGUGCUUCAGAAUCACAGAUACUUGGCUUGAGCAGAAGCACUUGGGACCCGAUGCCCCUUCCCCGAUCCGGCUCAUGGACAGCGGAGGAGUUUUGCUCAUCCUUUUCCACGGCGCAAGCAUCUACGUCAACUUUUAUCUCUUUGCACUCGGCUCGAUUCGGCAUCCAGGCCCUGCUCGAAGCUAAGUGCUAAAGUUGUUGAAAGGCAUCGAUUGAAUUGUGUCUCAAUCCGUGCGAGGCUGGUGGCUUCGGCAUCUGCCACAGCUCCGCUGAAUAAUAAUUGCUUUUGAUUGAUGCUCUGCACAGCCCAUCUGUGGUACGCUGGAAAUGUUAUCAUGGACGGAUUCUUAUC